GGACGUAGACGAAGAUGACGAAGUGUCCGCGCUCGGUGGACCCAACAUGGCUGGGACUCCGGGAGCCGCUUUCGCGUUGCUAGCCGGAAUAACCCAGGCCGCGGCGCACGAAAUUCACGGGAUUCACAAUGUGAAACGAGACCACGACGAGCACGACGAACACGACGACGUCACGAUAUCGCACGUAGACUCCAACAGUCUUAACCUCAUCAUCGUCCUUGUCCUUAUCGCGAUACUGGUCGUUUUGAUAGUUGUCGUGAGCAUCGUCUGCGCGUCCUGGAACAGACGAUCCGAUUCGCACGUGUACACUCCAAUGACUCCGUGGGGAAAGGACAUCUAUCGACCUGCCCUGUGCCAUCCGGAGUCCUGCCUGGAAUCCAUCGGACAGAGUCGCAGCUGUCACUGUGAUAAGGGAGCUGACAAGUCUCGCACCUGCCGUUGGCACAGCGAGGUGAUGAGGAUAGACAGCAGUGAAGUGUGCAGCCAGUGUGCCAACCGAAACUACCAAGGCAAGAAAAGAAAGAAAAUAUACCGCACCGAGGUGUCCCUUACGAAGCUUACCCCUGACAAGGCAUCCAAAGAAUGUGCUGUGCAGGUCGACAUUGAAACGAGCACAGUACCUGACCUUCCGAACCCAAAGCCCGGUGGUGGAAACGAGACGCUGUUUGGUGCUCAUCGUAAUGAAGCUGGGAACCCGGAGACGGUGCUCUUCACCACGGGCAUCGUUCCGCCGGGACCAAGCGACAGGUCCCUCGUGAGAUCGCAGUCGGCGGAGAGCAGCUUUCAUCGUGCAAGACCCAACCACGUAAUGCGACCUGCUAACGGACUGACUAAAAAGUCGUCCAAAGAAUCUGCGUCCAACUCUGACCCUGGUCUAAAACGUACGCCGUCGAAUUACCAAAUUGUGCACGUCGCAACGCUGCACCAGUUUAAGCCGAUCACCUGCCGGACAAGAGACGCCACAACAAAACAGGUCGGAUCCACCGAGUUUCAGCUCACCAAGGAUGGUCCCGCCUACCUAGAUGACACUUCCGUUCUCCUGCGAACAAACGCCGCUGCACCUAGGGCCCUUCGUCGGCAAACGACGGCCAACGACGGCAGACGCCACGCGAAAAUCCUAGAUCAAAAUGCUAAUGAGGAAUUGUCAUCGUCGGGUUCUGCCGAGUCUGAGUCAAAUUCUGAAAGUCCGCCGGAUUUUGACGUCGCUGCCAGCGAUUCCCAGAGUGCAAAGGCUUCGAAACAGUGGAGUCGAAGCAAGUGACAAGUCGCCACGUAUAGUACCAAUAAAUGUUCGCACGCUUUGAGAACAAGCGAGGUAUUAUAAUG